AUGGUUCUCCGUUGUGAUCUAUGUCGUAUUGAAGUACCAGAUGAACGGGUUUUAGCUGACCAUACAAAGGGUAAACGUCACCAAGCAUUAUUAAAUGUUCGUGAACGUUUCGAAACUUCACAAAAUGCAAGUAUCUAUGUAUCACGUAUUAAACCUGAACAUGAUGAAAAUAUUUUGAAAACUUAUUUUUCGCGGUUCGGACAAAUAAAAAAUGCUUUUAUUGACAAAGAAAAACAUCUUUACGCUAUUAUUGAAUUUGAUAAUAUCGAUUCAACAAAUCGAUGUUUAGAACAUGGCGAUGACUAUAAACUAGAUGAUGGUUCACGUUUGAAGGUUAAACAACGUAGUCAUCAUGAAUUUAAAUCAAAACGAAUGUUAGUCAGUGAACAUGAGUUUUUGAAUUUUAACAAAGAAAAAGAAAUUGAACAACAUGCAUUAAUGGUUCAAAAUUUAAAUAACAAAUCAACAAUUGAUGAACAAGCUGCGUCAAUCGUUGAGCAAGAAAAAAUUACAGAUGAAGUAUUCAAUAUGAGAGAAGGAUUUUUUAAAGAAUUAGAAAUUAUAUUUCUGAAACAUUUUCCAGAAGUAAAACUAUGCUUAACUGGAUCCAUGGCAAAUGGUUUAGCGACACAUUUAUCUGACAUGGAUCUUGUUCUUAUACUAAAUGAAACUUAUAUUGAACCACAGAAUUUAUCAUCAUCAAAUAAUAGUGGAGAAUCAAUGAAUAUCGAUGACAAUAGCUGCAGUAAUGAUAUAGAUAUGAAUCAAAAUAAGUUUAAACGAAACACAAGUGAUGAGUCAUCGAAUCUUACAUUAUCCUCGCCAUCAACUUAUUCAGCCGAUGAUCUUAUACAAAUGUCUGUUACGGAUCGACUCGAUUAUAUUCGUCGUCUACUUCGAUCGUAUGCAGCCUAUGUAUGCCAUGUUCAACGUAUUUCACAAGCUCGCUGUCCGGUAGUUCGAUUUUGUCAUAAGCAACAAAAGUUCUUCUGUGAAUUAUCUGUUAAUAACCAUCUCGCGGUUGCAAAUACUGAUUUAGUACGAUAUUUUCUUGCAUUUGAACCUAAAUUACGUUCAUUACUUUAUACUAUUCGUUUGUGGCUUAAACAAAAAGAUCUUCUCGGAAAAGGGCAUCGAUUUAAUACAUAUACAGUCUUCUGGAUGAUUGUUUGCGCAUUACAGUUGGAUAAUCAACAAUUACCCAAUGUUCAAAAUCUGGUGGAACAUGCAACUCGUAAACGACAAUAUGGUCCAUGGAAUUGCUCGGUUCCAGAGAUAAAAGAAAUCAAAAGAAAUAUUUCAAAUAUAUCUCUAGAAUACAUGCUUCGACGUUUUUUCCUAUUUUACUCAACUUUCAACGCAGACCAAUAUGAACUGUCACCAUGGACAGGUGAAUUUGAACCUAAAACUUCAAAUACAAUACCAUUUUCAAUAUUGGAUCCAUUUGAACAUGAUCAUAAUUUAACAUCUAAUAUUUCGCAAUCGAAUUGGUUAAAAUUUCAAGAAGAGUGCUCGUUAGCACAUCAAAUAUUUGAUGAAUGCUCAAAAAAACGGCAACAUAAAUCCUGGGGUUUAUCAUUAAUUUUAACACGCAAAUCUUUGCCAAAGAAUAAUUUUCUUCAUGAACAACAAAAAUUAUAUAAUUAUUCACAAUCAACAAAUACCAUCGAGUUGCUUUCAAAUGAACUUAACGAAGAACAACUUAAGGAAAAUGUCGAUUUUAUACUAAAAGAUAUAUUAUUGUUCGAACAAAUUAAUUAUGAAAUGAUCAGGAAAAAACGACCAGCAAGUCCAUCAAUAAUAGAUAAUACGAAUGUAACGCCAAAUAGUUUAGCUGAACAAAUGGAUGAAACACUAUCAACGAAACGACGUCGGGUAGAUGAUGAUGAAUAUAAACUCACACCUACAAAGGAUAGUUCGUAUUCAAAAGAAAAAAUCUAUUUUCGAGUUAUUUAUCGAACAUGGCAAGAUCGACGUAAACUUAAACGACGCAUUGAAAAUGAAAACAAAAGUGCUGCUAUCUUCGAACGUGAAAAGUUAAUUAGUCUUCAAUUAAAAGAUGACAAAGAUCAUCAUCUAGUAACACCUAUAUAUUUUUCGAUGGAAAUAAAAUUAUUGCAGGCAACAAGUGAUGAAACGAAAAACAAAGCACAUAUUCGUCUUGAAUUGCAAACAAAUGAACAACAUCAAUUAUUUGCUGAUCUUUCACAUUUUCUCAAUCUUUAUUUGCCGAAAAUGCUUAACAAUCAAGUAGAUGAUUAA